AUGAAGUUACCAUUCAGAUACACAAGGGCACAGCUCGAGAUAUUUAGAUUCUCAUUUUGUCUUCUGGCUCCUGUGGCGGUGAUGUAUUACAUUGGUACUGAUACGGAUAAGAAGUUGAAUGUACCUGGGUUUUGGCCUGAUCCUGAGUCGCUAAAUCAAAUACCAAAGGAACCAUAUGAAAUUAAGGCAGAGCUUGCGAGGAUGAAGAAGGAAAGACUAGAGAAGAGACUAAAACUGGAGAAGAGGUUGAAGGAAGAGUUUGGUUUGGAUGUGGAGGCUGAAAAGGCGAAGAUGAGAGAAGAGCUGGGUUUGACCAGCAAAACAGAAUAA